CCAUAAUUGCAAUUUCCCAAUUUACGCGACGUGGCUGAUUUCUCUUCAUGAAAAUUUUCGGCUGGAGACGCAAAAAUAGUUGAGACAAACUGAAUUAUGGUUGGAACUUGGAACAUUCAGUGCAUCUCACAAUCUGUCCCUUUUCUCAUAUGCAUUUUACAGUUGCAUACGGAAAAGACUUACAAAGUUGUGUGCUAGAUUUGGGAUUCAGUAACCAGAAGAUGAAGCGGAAUCUUCUUAGCCAGCGGGCGAAGCCAUAUCUGGGACAAUUUUUAGAAAGAAGAGGGUACACAUUAUCCACUUUAGCUUCUGCUGUGAGAUGGGAAGGAGGCGUUUCAAUGGUUCAAGGAGCUUCCAGGGGCAUUGGCUAUGAGUUUGUUAGACAAUUGUUAGAGAAAAAUGACAAAGGCUACAUUGUUGCAACGUGUCGUAAUCCUAGUGGAGCAACUGGGCUUCUGGAACUGAAGAAUAAGUUUCCUGAGCGCCUUGACAUUCACCCAUUAGAUCUGACAGUUGAAAGCACUAUCGAGGACUCAGUCAAAUCGAUCAGAGACAAAUAUGGUUCGGUAAAUCUUCUAAUUAAUGCAUCUGGUGUUCUUUCAAUACCCGAUGUUCUGCAGCCAGAAACAACACUGAGUAAGGUGCAGAGAACAUCCUUGCUUCUUGCUUAUGAUAUCAAUGCUGUUGGUCCCAUUUUGGUCAUCAAGCACAUGUGGCCUUUGCUGAAAGCUGGAGGUGGCUCUGGAACUGACAAGGAUUUCGCUAUUGUUGCCAACUUAAGCGCAAGGGUGGGAUCGGUAGGAGACAAUGCUUUGGGAGGGUGGCACUCCUAUCGUGCAUCUAAGACUGCACUGAAUCAGUUAACAAAGAAUGUGUCGGUGGAAUUUGCACGUAAGAAGGAUCCAAUUAUAUGCAUUUUGUUGCACCCAGGCACGGUGGACACUGAUCUCUCUCAACCAUUUCAAAGAAAUGUUCCAAAAGAAAAGCUUUUCACCAAAGAGUUCUCUGUUCAGAAACUCCUCAGUAUCAUGAACAACACAAAGAGAUCUGAUAAUGGAAAGUUCUUUGCCUGGGAUGGUCAAGAAAUUCCUUGGUGACUUUUCCCUGAAAUCCAGACAUGACGACCGGGUAUCUACUUGGUUUCAACUGAUUCCUCCUGGAUGAUAUUCUUGUUUUCUUCUUGUUGAGCAGUAGCUUAUUUUCUAGUUACUUUUAUAUGCCCUUGUACGAAUAUGCGCGCCCCUUCUUCUAAUUAAAUCAUUAAAUAAGAAAGAAAUUGCUGUUUCAAUUGUACCUACAGAAGAGAUUGUACAAAUCGGUAUUUGGUAUGAAGUGAAUCUCUGCCUAGAAGUUGAGUGAACAUAUACUGAAAUAAGAAACUGAUUGACAGUUUCACUUAAAUGUGUUGUUUUACUUGUUUUCCAAAUUUCAAUCUAAAAUAAAUCAAAAUAUCA